AUGGCAACGGGAACCGAAGGGCGAGUCGAUGGGGGGCGGGCCUCAACUCGGAGUCUAACUGGCCGGCUGAGAGGUGCAACCAACAAUGCGGCGUUACAAGGUGAUAAAAGAGCUUGGGGAUGGAACUUACGGCUCUGUCAGUUUGGCUAGAAGGUUCGAGAAUGGAGAACUUGUGGCAAUCAAAAGAAUGAAAAGGGAAUUUAAAACGUGGGAAGAAUGUCUGAACCUUAGAGAAGUCAAGUCCCUGAUGAAGCUGAAGCAUGUCAACAUUGUGAGGCUCCAUGAGGUUAUCCGUGAAGACAACAGGCUUUACUUCAUCUUUGAGUACAUGCGGGAAAACCUUUAUGAACUGAUAAAGCACCGAACAAAACCUUUCCUUGAGCAGACAGUGCGAAACAUCACCUGCCAGGUUCUGCAUGGACUUGCAUUUAUGCACAAACAAGGUUUCUUUCACAGGGAUAUAAAGCCGGAAAACCUGCUGUGUUCUGGUCCUGAACUGGUAAAGAUAGCAGAUUUUGGCCUGGCUAGAGAGAUUCGCAGCAAGCCACCCUACACUGACUAUGUUGCCACUCGUUGGUACCGAGCUCCUGAAAUUCUUCUACGCUCCAGUCAUUAUAACAGUCCUGUUGAUCUUUGGGCAGUUGGCUGCAUCAUGGCAGAGCUGUACACAUUCCGUCCCCUUUUUCCAGGUCGCAGUGAGAUUGACGAACUUUUCAGGAUAUGUGCAAUACUUGGCCCUCCAACCAAGGGUCCGUGGCCUGAGGGAGUAAAACUUGCAACUGCAAUGAACUUUAACUUUCCGGUGUUAGUUCCAAUGCACCUUUCUUCUGUUGUCCCUCAUGCACAUUUGGAAGGACUCCAGCUAAUGUCGGAACUACUGAAGUGGGAUCCACAGUCAAGGCCCACAGCCAAUCAGGGACUGUCACAUUUAUACUUUCAAGUGAACCCCACAGCUCAAUCUUCUAACUACCCAACUCAGACACAAACAGCCAGUCUUCAUUUGCAGCCAUUAGAUUUCAGUCAGUCUUCAACAACCCAACAUAGAAAUAUGCCUGUCGCAUCUGUGAAGAGAAGGUCAACUCCUGUUAGCAUGAAAGCAGAGAAUUUCACUCACACACACUCACGUGCCCACUUACACCAAGAGCACUCAGCUCUGCAGUACCACUCGGGAGUAGUUCAGAGAAAUCAGUUCAAUCCAGUGCUGAAAGCAAAGAGUGGCAGAGAUGGCACAGGUGGUGGUGGUUGCCAACAGCACAAUAGUGGGAAGGAGAUGGACUAUGGCAAGACUGAAACUCUCAGGUAACCUCCUUUUUUAGCACGUUUAUCAAGAGCCUUUUCAAUAAAAUGUACCUAGCUGCCACACUUACAUAGGUACUAUCUCAGCAGGGCACGUCACUUUCCACACAAACGGAUAUCUGCUGUGCCUGCUUUUGGCAGCACAGUCCCCCGAUGGUCAGAUAAUCAUUCUAGGUUCACAGGAGGCAGUCAAACGGACAGUUCUCAUGACCUACAGCUACAGGUGAAACAGAUAACACCAGUACCACCGGAAGCAGGAGCAUGCCCACCCCUACUAUCAGUUCCACACAGAAGAGUGGGGAACUGGCAGAUCAGGCAGCCUCCCAAGGCUAGGGCCAAACCUCCCACUUACCACUCCACAUUAGCAGCCAGUUCUCAAAAUAAAGGCCAUAUUCACGGAAGAAUUGACUGGACUUCGAAAUACGGUCACUCUCAUCACAAAUAGUUUUGUUUGUAUUUUUCAACAACACAAAAACACACACAAGUUUCACAAACAAUCACAGUUCAAUUACUACCCUUAAUAACAGCUACAACAAUAAUGAUUACUAUCACAAUUAUCAAAAAGAUAAUUGUCAGUAUGGUCCAUAUGACACAGCAGAGCUUUCGAGAACACUUCUUGUAUCUGACUGCACUACCCAAUUGCUGAUUGCCAUGGGUAACCUCAGCAUGUGCUCUCUCUACAUGGGCCUCCAAAUUCUCUAUACAGACACAGUAUUAGAGCAUAUUAGACUGCACACCCAAGUUGAUGCAUCAUAAUUAUUACAGUCUUACCAACGUUCUCUCCCUGUGAGUUC